AUCCCUUCUCAUGCCUUCCUCCUCCGUAGAGUAGUAGAAUCCUCUCUCCUUUCCUUUGCAGAUUGAUUCCUCUUUUCCUCUCUUUGAUCAAACCACCCUCUCAAAUCUCUCUCUUCUCUCGUCUUCUCCCUCUCUCUUCUCCUCCAUCCAUCCCCCUUCCUUGAGCUCUCAAUCCCUCGCGAUGGCAAUUCUGCUCUUCGACUCCCCCCCGGACCCGCCCCCGGUCUCGGCAAUCGGGUUCGAGGGCUUCGAGAAGCGCCUCGAGAUCACCUUCUCUGCGGCGCCCGUCUUCGUCGACCCCAAGGGCCGGGGCCUCCGCGCUCUCUCCCGCGCCCAGAUCGACUCUGUCCUCGACCUCGCGCGGUGCACCGUCGUGUCGCAGCUCUCCAACAAGGACUUCGACUCGUACGUGCUGUCCGAGUCGAGCCUCUUUGUUUACCCUCGCAAGUUCGUAAUCAAGACCUGCGGCACCACGAAGCUUCUGCUGUCCAUUCCGAGGAUCCUUGAGCUCGCCGGGGAGCUGUCGCUCUCUGUUCUCUCGGCGAAGUACUCUCGCGGCACCUUCAUAUUCCCCGGAGCUCAGCCCUCCCCGCACCGCACCUUCUCGGAGGAGGUAACUGUCCUCGACCGCUUCUUUGGCGGGCUGAAAUCGGGUGGCAAUGCCUACGUGAUCGGCGACUCGGCGAGGCCCAAGCAGAAAUGGCAUGUUUAUUAUGCUACGGAGAAGCCCGAGAAGCCCAUGGUCACUCUCGAGAUGUGCAUGACCGGAUUGGAUGCCGAACGAGCAUCGAUCUUCUACAAGAAAUCGAGCGACGGGCAUCUCUCAUCCGCCAAGGAGAUGACCAAGAUCUCCGGGAUAUCCGAGAUCAUCCCUGAGAUGGAAAUAUGCGACUUUGAAUUCGACCCCUGUGGGUAUUCGAUGAACGGCAUCCAUGGUCCCGCUCUCUCCACGAUCCACGUCACCCCGGAGGAAGGAUUCAGCUAUGCGAGCUACGAGGCGAUGGGGUUCGACGCCAACUCGUUGGCCUACGGCGAUUUGAUCAAGAGGGUCCUCAAAUGCUUCGGCCCGUCCGAAUUCUCUGUCGCCGUGACCAUAUUCGGCGGGCGCGGGCUCGCUGGAACCUGGGGGGAGAAGGUGGAUGCCGGCAACUACAUCUGCAACUGCGCGGCGGAGCAGGCCCUUCCAGGCGAAGGGCUUCUCAUCUACCAGAGCUUUGCGGCUUCUGCUUCUGCUGCCGAGAUGUCGCCGCGGUCGAUUCUGAACUACCUGGCCAUGAAAGAAGACUAUGGAAAGUGUGGCUUCUGGGAGGAGGAAGCGGCAGAGGAUGAGGAGGUUUUGGUGGAGGAGAAGGAAGAAGAUUGGGAAGAAGAUAGAGAAACGAGUUUCUGAGAGGUAUAUCAAUUUUCCUGCUUUCUUGGACAAGUGCUUUACUACCCCUGUUUAUGUCAGGCCUUUCUUAUCAUUAGUAUGCGUAGUAGUCUCGAAUAAGAGGUGGCUCUAGGUGGUUUGCUGUGUCAACCACAAUGAGCCACCCCCGAAAAAAAACCACUAAAAAUAAUUGGAAUUGCAUUAUAUUAAACACGUUUGCUCUGUUUUGUACUUGCAUGGGCACGUCGUUGUGAUUUUGAUUGCAAAAUCUUUUCCCAUCAUUUGAUUCGAUUUAA